AUGUCACCAACUAUAAAUGACGAAUCGCCAAAACCCAAAAAAAAUGCAUUAUUGAAAAACUUGGAAAUUGAUGACUUAAUACAUUCUCAAUUCGUCAAAAGUAAUACAAAUGGGCAGAGGACUACGAGGCAACGAUUUAAUUCUGGUACCAAUGUAUCACGUCAAACUAGGGAGAAUUUUCAACCUGACAAAGACAAAAAACAAACAAACAAAUGGUUAGAGGUCUCCCAGCGGCCCAAAGUUAACUCAGACAUUUCUCCUCGAAUUAUCAUUGAUUGGAGUGGUGACGUGGGACCAAUAAAUUUCCCUAUCAGUGAACCCAAUAUUGAAGUCACCGAAAAGUUGGAGGUGAGGAUAAAGUACGAUUCAGUCAACUUUUUCAAUUUUGAAAGAUUGAUAUCGAAAUCCUUGGCUAUAACUCCAUCAGUACGGAAGAAUAUCAUUCCGUCCAAAGCUUCAACAGCGUUUCAAGUAAGAGUUGACAGAUUAAAGCAUGUAUGGGGCAUACAAACCGAUAGUUUAACACAUUCAUCCUCCCUCCAAGAUACACCACUGACAGAUAAUGGUUCUUGGCAGUGGUAUAUACCGUACGGUGGAACAAUAAAAAAAUUGAAAGAUUCUAGUACGAAAAGGACCCUACCUACCUUGGAAGAUAAAUUACAGUUCCUUACCUUCUUGGAAGAUUCCAAAUCUGCGAUGUACAUUAAUGGUAACGUAUCCCUUUGUAGCCACAAUGAAUCUGCUCAAGUGAAUGGAAACAAGAAAAGAAAGAAAGGGCAAAUGCAUACAAUACGAAAGAAAGUGGGCUCUUCACUAAUAGAAUACAUUGUUCUUCGAGAUUAUGAAAUUAGACCGUGGUACACAUCCCCUUUUCCUGAACAUAUUAAUCAAAAUAAAAUAGUUUUCAUAUGCGAAUUUUGCUUGAAGUAUAUGACGUCUCGAUACACUUUUUAUAGACACCAACUAAAGUGUCUAACUUUUAGACCCCCCGGAAAUGAAAUUUAUCGCGAUGGAAAACUAUCCGUUUGGGAAAUUGAUGGGCGAGAGAAUGUCAUAUAUUGUCAAAAUCUUUGCCUCCUGGCAAAAUGUUUUAUUAAUUCCAAGACUUUGUAUUAUGAUGUUGAGCCGUUUUUAUUUUAUAUUCUGACAGAGAGAGAAGAUGAAGAGAACCUUACACAUCAAAAUUCGGCUAAAUUUCAUUUCGUGGGCUAUUUCUCCAAAGAGAAAUUCAACUCCAAUGACUAUAACUUAAGCUGUAUUUUAACUUUACCCAUAUAUCAAAGGAAAGGAUACGGCCAGUUUUUAAUGGAAUUCUCAUAUUUAUUGUCCCAAAAAGAAUCAAAGUUGGGAACUCCAGAAAAACCAUUGUCAGAUUUAGGGUUGUUGACUUAUAGAACCUAUUGGAAGAUACAAUGUGCUGAGAUAUUAUUACAGUUAAAAGAUAAUACUAAAUAUCAACCAAGUCACAACGAUAGAGACGCUGUUGAACAGGUUACGCUAAAUGACAUAGCUAAACUAACAGGAAUGAUACCAACAGAUGUAGUGUUUGGAUUAGAACAACUUCAAGUCUUAUAUCGUCACAAAACACGCACAUUAUCCUCCUUGAAUGAUUUCAAUUACAUCAUCCAGGUCGAUUCUUGGAAAAGGAUUGAAAACAUUUAUAAAACUUGGAGUUCAAAAACAUAUCCUCGUGUUAAACAUGAUAAAUUACUUUGGGAACCUAUUAUACUAGGACCUUCAUUUGGUAUAAAUGGAAUGAUGAAUUUGGAACCCUCUGCAUUAGCUGAUGAAUCUUCUCUGGAUGAAACUAUGGCUCCUGUUAUUUCAAACAACACACAUAUAGAAAACUAUAACAACAGUAGAGUAAUAAAUAAGAGGAGACGCGGAGGGAGAAAUAAUGAGCCAAAAAUGUCCAAGCCUCGCGUAAAGAGUGCCAUAAAACCUGAAAUUCCUGUUAAUGACUUUUUUCAGGAUACCAUUUCCUCUUUAACGGAGUAUAUGUGUGAUUACAACAAUAUAAAGCACGAUAGAUUAGUUAAUCAAAAGAACAAAAGUGUGCUAGAAAAAAUUCAUAGCCGUGAAAAAAUCCCCAAAUCCCAAUUUGAUACCGCAGCUCAUUGGGAACUUUGCUUCACUGUUAAUAACUCUGAAGUACCACUUGAAAGCCAUACAACGAACAAUAAUGACACGUGGAUAUCAAGCUUAGAGCAAGAUGAAGUAGAAAAUGAUGUAGGCGCUGAGUUAAGCAUAAGUGGAAAUGCUGGCGAAGACGAAGAUUUUACGUCUGACGACAUUGAUGAUAAAGAAGUAUCCGAAGAGAAUGACUCAGAUGACCCAGUUGAAGAAAACGAAGAGGAAAUUACAUACGAAGGGGAAGAUAGUGAGGCGGAGGAAGAGGAAGGAGAAGAGGACGAAAACAAUAUAGGUAAUCACAGAAAUAAAGGAAGAAUAAGAUCAAGGAGAAAGAUUACGCUGAUAGAAGAUGAAGAAGAAUAA